AUGAUUCGACGUCAAAUCUUAUUAACUGUUCUUUUUGGACUUAUAUUUCAAAUAUUUUUCUCAACAACAAAUACACUUUCAAUAAAUGAAACGAAAUCAAAUGAAUGGACAUCAGACAAUCCAAAUAAUAUAUGUGAAUCAGCAUCUAUUGAUGAAUUUCCAAUAUUAUUUUUUACUAAUGAACAGUGUCGUCAGGGUGCUGUUCUAGUUCAUAUUCUACUUAUACUCUAUUCAUUUGCAGCUAUUGAAAUUGUUUGUGAUGAUUAUUUUGCUUCGGCAUUAGAAAAAAUAAGUUAUAAUUUAAAUUUAACUCCGGAUGUCGCUGGAGCAACUUUUAUGGCAUUAGCAACAUCAGCAUCAGAAUUUUUUACAUCGAUAGUUGGAGUUUUCUUCGUCAAAUCGGAUAUCGCUCUGGGUACAAUUGUUGGUUCUGCUGUAUUCAAUGUUCUUUUCGUAAUUGCUUUAUGUGCUCUUAUAUCGACAACUGUAUGUCAAUUAGAAGCCUAUCCAAUUGUACGAGAUGCUGGAUUUUAUUGUAUUGCUGUUGCUGCCCUAUAUAUAGUGAUCUAUGAUCAACGUGUUUAUUGGUAUGAAGGACUUGCACUUGUCUUACUUUAUUUUGUUUAUGUGGCUAUUUUAAAAUUUAAUGAUCGUAUAUCACGUUUAAUACAUGGAGAUUCAUCAAAUCAAACACAUGGUAAAUCAGGUGAACAUAAUCUUGAACAACUACAAGUAUUAAAUGAUAAUGUUGAAUUAGAACAAAAUCUAACUACACGUGCUCGUUCAGUUUCAGAAUCUGUUAUGAUGAAUACAGGCAUAACACCAUUAGGUAAUCAAUAUAUGAAACGACGUUCAACAUAUAAACCAUGUCAAAAACGACUUAAAGAUACAUUAGAUAAUCAUCAAAUAGUUGCGAAUGCAACUGAAAUCUUUGAUCCACUUAAAUUACCAACAAAAAGAUAUAAAAUAUUAAAAUGGAUUCUUAUGUAUCCAGUUCGUUUACUUAUGCAUAUUACAAUACCAGAUUGUCGAAAAGAAGUUUUUCAUAAUUAUUAUAUGCUUACAUUUGUUAUGUCAACUAUUUGGGUUGCUGGUCUAGCUUAUCUACUUGUAUGGCUUGUUGUCAUUGUUGGUUUUACUUUAAAUAUUCGAGAUAGUAUUAUGGGUUUAACAAUAUUAGCUGUUGGUUCAUCAAUUGAAGAAAUAUUCUCAGCUAUUGUUAUGACAAGACGUGGUCAUCCUGAAAUGGCUAUUGCAGGUUCAAUUGGUUCAAAUGUAUUUGAUAUUUUAAUGGGUUUAGGUAUACCAUGGUUAUUUCGUAAUUUAAUGAGAUUUACUUAUCAACCACCACCACCAAUUCUUGAUGGUUCAACUCUAGGAGUUCUAACACCAGAUCCAUUACUUGAUAAUCGUGCGACAAUUCCACCUGUUAAUAUUCCAUUCUAUGUAGAAAUUCAUUCACGAGGAUUAGUUUAUUCAACAGUCGUUCUCUUUAUUGCACUCGUCAUAUUUCUUUUAACAUUCUUUGUGAAUCGAUGUCGUUUAACAAAACUCUAUGGAGUUUUUCUUAUUAUUAUUUGGCUGACUGUCAUAACAUUGAUGUGUUCAUUUGAAUUGAAUAUUUUUGGUUCGGUACAUCCUGAGCCAUGUAAAAAAAAGACUUAG